CUAUGUACUGAUUAUUUGCUCUUUGGCUAGACGUAAAGGAGAGCUAUCUUUUAUGGUAAAAUAAUUUUAUGGUGAAAUAAUAGUUGGAAAUCUCUCCGGUGGCGCUAGGGUAGCACCCGGACUUAACACGGUUCUCCUUAUCUAGUCACCUCGGGCCUGUGCUUACCAGGCCUUGGGGCAAAUCCACCGCUAUAGGAUGUAUUUUCUGUAGUAAAAAUGGGAAAAGUUUGCAUCGUAAACGGUUGCCGAAGUGGGCGUAAGGGGAAAAAACAGAAAAAUGUUACGAAGUCCGUAGCAUUUUUUCAACCAACGACUCCGGCGAAGUUAGAAAGCUGGAAAAAGUCAUUAGGAAUUGCAUUAAAAACAAAUGAUUAUGUUUGCCAUCUACAUUUUAAAGAAGAAAAUAUAAAUAUGUACGAAAAGUUAACUAUUAAAGGAGAGCGCAAAUAUAUUCCUACACAAAGAAAAACGCUUAAGGAAGAAGCUGUGCCCACGAUUGAGCAUCAGUUUAUUCCCAUUCCCGAACAUGAACUCCAAGCCAAUACUAUUCACGUAGAGCAAUCUUUUGAACCAUACCCCAAACAACCUAAGGACGAGCAGCAACAACAAAUCAAUACCGAGCAUCAGGAAUUAUCAGAAGAUCAAAGUGAUUCUAAUAAUUCAAUGGAUUAUGAAACAUUACAUCAGGAAUUAUCAGAAGAUCAAAGUGAUUCUAAUAAUUCAAUGGAUUAUGAAACAUUACAACAGGUCUUUGUGGAACCAUUGUUGAGUCAAUAUCUGGAUACCGACGUAACAAUAAAUUCAAUAGAGAAUUUUAAAAGUAAGUUUCGGACAUUUUCGUUGUUGCCGCCUUUUUGGCUACAUGCAGAAAAUCCAAAUGGGCUGGAAUUUAUGCGAAUGGAUCCAACAACUCAGCAGAUUAAACAUCAUAUACGUUUAAAUGAUGAUCUAACUAUCACUGUAAUUUUUCCCAAUAAAGAACAAUUGCCACUAAAGGAGAAAAUUAAUUUACAUGACAACACCUACAAUUACUUAAAAUCUGUUGAAAGAUGGCCUUUGUGCGUUGGUACUCAGAUUGACGACAAUAAACUUUGUAAAGGUGUGAUUGUUAGUGAUGAUACUUAUGAAAAGAUACAACAGGUCUUUACGGAACCAUUGUUGAGUCAAUAUCCGGAUACCGACGUAAUAAUAAAUCCAAUAGAGAAUUUUAAAAGUAAGUUUCGGAUAUUUUCGUUGUUGCCGCCUUUUUGGCUACAUGCAGAAAAUCCAAACGGGCUGGAAUUUAUGAGAAUGGAUCCAAAAACUCAUAAGAUUAAACAUCAUAUACGUUUAAAUGAUGAUCUAACUAUCACUGUAAUUUUUCCCAAUAAAGAACAAUUGCCACUUAAGGAGAAAAUUAAUUCAUAUGACAACACCUACAAUUACUUAAAAUCUGUUGAAAGAUGGCCUUUGUGUGUUGGUACUCAGAUUGACGACAAUAAACUUUGUAAAGGUGUGAUUAUUGGUGAUGAUACUUACGAAAGAAAUCGACAGUACCCAAGAUGUAAAUCUUGUAGAAAGUUACGAAAUAUUUUGAUGAACCGUAAAUCCACUUCAACUCUUUUACGAAAAAUGGCAAAAACGAAGAAGAUGGAUGGUACAACUGAUACUGGUACGAAUAAGACUGCAGCUGGAUCCAUACCACAAUUAGAACAGGCUGAGGCCCUCUCAGACCAUUUGUAUUAUAAGAAACAAACACUUCCAGCGCCAGUUGAAGUGCAACCUGCAACGAAGGAUGGAAGUAGCAAAUUAGACAUUGAUCUAGCGACUGAUGAUCCGAUAGAGACAGACGCAGACGCGUUUGACAAUGACUCGCUGCCCUCGCCUGUGCCAGAGAUUGGCGAGACACAUGAAAACAUUUUCUCGUGGCAGAAAACAGAGUUGAUAGAAGCAGAUGUUCCCGAAGCCCCGACGCCGGUUCCAGAGAAAACCAAAUUACCCGACGACGUCGUGACGCUGUCCUUGUUUUGUGACGACAGCGCGCCCAUACAAUCCGAGCCCAGUGCACCAGUUGCAGCAGUUACUGAAGAUGUCGAAGUCCGGUGCAAGGAUUGUGCAGCAGACAUCGACGGGUUUUCGUUCUGGUGCGUGCAGUGCUUGUGCGGUGCGCUCUGCGUGGCGUGCGCGGCGAGCGAAGCGCAUUACGCGCAUUACGUGUUACGCUCGCCAAAGGGGGCCACACAGAACCAAACGCAGGCAGUAUUGGCGGUGAUACGAAAACAACUGGUGAUGGAAAACUUGCUAACACUCUACGAGACUGGUGAAGAUGGUGUAAAAGUGGAAGUGAAAUAUGAGCCGGAGGAGCCCCCGUCGCCCUCCCCCGCGCCGCCCCCCGACCCGCUCGCCGUGGAGGAGCCCCCCUCCCCCUCCCCCGCGCUCGCCGUGGAGGAGCCCCCCUCCCCCUCCCCCGCGCUCGCCGUGGAGGAGCCCCCCUGCCCCUCCCCCGCGCUCGCCUCCGACAAGAAAUUGUAG